AUGGUCCAUCAACGCCUCUGCUCUCCCUGCCGCAUCACCGCUUUGAAAUAUAUGGUUCCACGGCCAAUCCCCUCCUCCCGGUCAAUCCAUCUGCCUGCCUCCCGGCCACGGCGGACUCUAACAAGCGCAACAUGGGACACCCCUCACCCAGUCACUCCCAACGAGUAUCCCAUGCGUCAUCGUGACAUGGAACGGGUGCCUCUGACGGCGCUGCUUAGGAGUAUCGUGAUGCAGGCCGCCAUGUCACAUCCGUAUAUCGUGGACGCUGCCUCGGCCCUGGCUCAGCGCAACAUCCAAAUGCUGACGGGCAAUAUGCUGCUGAGAUUCUUCCUGGAUAAGUUCUUCUACGCACAGUUCUGUGCGGGGAGCACGGAAACCGAGAUCAAGAAGACAGUUGAGGACCUCAAGGCACUUGGGUUCAAGGGCAUGAUAAUAUCAUAUGCUCGUGAGGUAGAUCUCUUGAAUGUCGCUGAAGAUGCCAGCGAAGCUAGACAUGAGCAUCAAGGCCGCGUUGCUCAGUGGCUGGAUGGAACCCUCAAAGGGGUUCGCUAUUCAAAUCCCGAUGACUUCGUUGCGUUAAAAUUCACAGGUGCAGGCCCGGAAUGUGUACGGUUGCUCGAAGCUGGAAUGGCACCAGAUGCAACAAUGGCAGAAGCUGUAACCCAGAUCUGCGAAUCCGCUAAAUCCCGGGGGGUUAGGUUGCUAAUCGAUGCCGAGCAUCACUCCCAGCAAGCAGGAAUUGACUCGUGGACCAUGGAUCUCAUGGAAAAAUACAACCAAGAUGGAAGAUUGGUCGUGUACAACACGUAUCAAAUGUCCGUGGCCUCACUGCACUGCUCGAAUUCGAAUGCCUGGUUUCGCAUUGCUGACUUGGAAGCAGUUCGCGGGGCAUACCUCAAAAGCGACCCACGCCACUUGAUUCACGACACCAGAGAAGACACGGACCGCGCGUACAACGAUGCCGCACACAUGCUGGCAACGCAGCAUCUUAGUGGUCCCUCUGCGCCCAAAGUUGGAUUGGUGCUUGCCACCCAUAAUGCGCAAAGCGUGGAAAUGAUGCGAAAGCUGCGGCAAGAACAGUUGAAAGAACAAUUACCCCUGGCAGAAGUUGUAUAUUCUCAGCUGAUGGGCAUGGCUGACGAACUGUCUCUGAAUCUCAUACAGAAAAGAGAGAACGUUAUGGAAGAGGAUAUCCAGGUCUUUAAAUAUGCCGUAGGGGGAACCAUAGAGGAAUGUAUGAUGUACUUGCUGCGGCGGGCAGAUGAGAAUCGCGAUGCAGUUGAGCGGGGCCAGCUAACCCAGCAGGCCCUUUGGCGGGAGCUGCGCCAAAGGCUCUUUCCGUUGAUCUCGGUAUAA